CAACCCAGGGCUCUUGGACCCGUAGCUGCGGGUCCCCAGCCCCGCCCGAGCGCCUGCGGGUUUCCCGCCCUCCGAGGCGUCCGCUGGCCUGAGCCCUGGCGGGGACGUGGGCGGGGCGGGCGGCAUUUAAAGCGAGUGCCGCCUCCUAGGGGCAGCGGCUGGCGAUCGGCCGCGGAGGUGCGUGCAGGGUCUGCGCCGCCGCUGGUAUCUCCACCGCCAACACCUCAGCCACCACCACCGCCACCGUCACCUCCACACGCUGAGCCCCGCGCCCCGACGCCGCGCGCCGGGAUCCGCGCUCCAAGCCCGCAGCCGGCGGCGCCACCAGCCCAGCAUGCGCCAGAAAAGGUCAGAAAUUUAUUCCGUGGAGCUCAGCGGAACUAAGGACAUCGUGAGAACAGACCAGGGGGAUGACAAGGAGAAGUACAGAGGUCUGAAGAACAACUGCCUGGAACGCAAAAAGAAGAAUCAAGAAGAAGACUUCCAGAAAGAACUCCAGCUGGAUGACCACAAACUCAAUAACAGGGAAUUGGAAAAGAAAUAUGGCACAAACAUCAUUAUGGGUCUCUCCAGCACCAGAGCUGCUGAGCUCCUGGCACGGGAUGGGCCCAACUCCCUCACCCCUCCCAAGCAGACACCUGAGAUUGUCAAGUUCCUCAAGCAGAUGGUCGGGGGCUUCUCUAUCCUCCUGUGGGUGGGCGCCUUCCUCUGCUGGAUUGCAUAUGGGAUUCAGUACUCCAGCGACAAGUCUGCGUCCCUGAACAACGUGUACUUGGGUUCUGUGCUUGUCCUGGUGGUCAUUUUGACGGGGGUCUUUGCUUAUUACCAAGAGGCAAAAAGCACCAACAUCAUGUCCAGCUUCAAUAAGAUGAUCCCUCAGCAAGCUCUUGUCAUCCGAGAUUCCGAGAAGAAGACAAUCCCUGCAGAGCAGCUAGUGGUAGGGGACAUUGUGGAGGUCAAAGGAGGGGACCAGAUCCCCGCAGACAUCAGGGUGCUGUCCUCUCAGGGGUGUCGGGUGGAUAACUCAUCUCUCACAGGGGAGUCUGAGCCCCAGCCCCGCUCCUCUGAGUUUACCCAUGAAAACCCCCUGGAAACAAAGAACAUCUGCUUCUAUUCUACAACCUGCCUGGAAGGCACUGUCACCGGCAUGGUCAUCAACACGGGUGACCGCACCAUCAUUGGCCAUAUUGCUUCAUUGGCCUCAGGAGUUGGAAAUGAGAAGACGCCCAUUGCCAUUGAGAUCGAGCACUUUGUUCAUAUUGUGGCAGGAGUGGCCGUCUCCAUCGGCAUCCUUUUCUUCAUCAUCGCAGUGUCCAUGAAGUAUCGAGUCCUGGACUCCCUCAUCUUCCUCAUUGGCAUCAUUGUGGCCAAUGUGCCCGAGGGCCUCCUGGGCACUGUCACUGUGACCCUGUCACUGACAGCAAAACGGAUGGCCAAGAAGAACUGCCUGGUGAAGAACCUGGAGGCCGUGGAGACCCUUGGCUCCACCUCCAUCAUCUGCUCUGACAAGACUGGGACACUGACCCAGAACAGGAUGACAGUGGCCCAUCUGUGGUUCGACAAUCAGAUCUUUGUGGCUGACACCAGUGAAGACCAUUCAAACCAAGUCUUUGACCAAAGCUCUAGUACUUGGGCCUCCUUAUCCAAGAUAAUAACAUUGUGUAACCGAGCUGAGUUCAAGCCAGGACAGGAAAAUGUCCCCAUCAUGAAGAAAGCUGUGAUUGGAGAUGCCUCAGAAACUGCUCUUUUAAAAUUCUCAGAGGUCCUUUUGGGUGAUGUGAUGGAAAUUAGAAAAAGAAACCGCAAAGUAGUUGAAAUCCCUUUUAACUCUACUAAUAAAUUUCAGCUCUCCAUCCACGAGACGGAUGACCCCCACGACAAGCGCUUCCUCAUGGUGAUGAAGGGGGCCCCUGAGCGCAUCCUAGAGAAGUGCAGCACCAUCAUGAUCAAUGGCGAGGAGCACCCGCUGGACAAGAGCACUGCCAAGACCUUCCACACAGCCUACAUGGAGCUGGGUGGGCUGGGCGAGCGCGUGCUGGGUUUCUGUCAUCUCUACCUGCCAGCAGAUGAGUUUCCAGAAACCUACUCAUUUGACAUAGACGCCAUGAACUUUCCCACCUCCAACCUCUGUUUUGUGGGACUGUUGUCAAUGAUCGAUCCCCCUCGGUCCACCGUGCCAGAUGCAGUCACCAAAUGCCGGAGUGCAGGGAUCAAGGUUAUUAUGGUUACUGGCGAUCAUCCCAUCACAGCCAAAGCUAUCGCCAAGAGUGUGGGAAUCAUUUCAGCCAACAGUGAGACAGUGGAAGACAUUGCACAUCGCCUCAACAUCCCUGUGGAGCAGGUUAACCAACGGGAUGCCAAGGCCGCUAUAGUGACUGGCAUGGAGCUGAAGGACAUGAGCUUGGAACAGCUGGAUGAGAUCUUAGCCAACUACCAGGAGAUUGUCUUUGCCCGGACAUCCCCCCAGCAGAAGCUGAUCAUUGUGGAGGGCUGUCAGAGGCAGGAUGCCGUUGUUGCUGUGACGGGGGAUGGAGUUAAUGACUCUCCGGCUCUAAAGAAGGCAGACAUUGGGAUUGCCAUGGGCAUAGCAGGUUCUGACGCAGCCAAAAAUGCAGCUGACAUGGUCUUGCUGGAUGACAACUUCGCAUCCAUUGUCACAGGGGUGGAGGAAGGUCGCCUGAUCUUUGACAACCUCAAGAAGACUAUUGCUUACACCCUGACCAAGAACAUUGCCGAGCUGUGCCCCUUUCUGAUCUACAUCAUCGCCGGGCUCCCCCUGCCCAUUGGCACCAUCACCAUCCUGUUCAUUGACUUAGGGACAGACAUUAUCCCCUCCAUCGCUUUGGCAUAUGAGAAGGCAGAAAGUGACAUCAUGAACAGGAAACCUCGCCACAAGAAGAAGGACAGGCUGGUGAACAAGCCACUCGCCGUGUACUCAUACCUGCACAUUGGCCUCAUGCAAGCCCUGGGAGCUUUCCUUGUGUAUUUCACCGUCUAUGCGCAGGAGGGCUUUCUGCCCCACACUCUCAUUAACUUGCGGGUAGAAUGGGAGAAUGACAACGUGAAUGAUUUGGAAGAUCACUAUGGGCAGGAAUGGACAAGGUACCAGAGGGAAUACCUAGAAUGGACUGGCUACACGGCUUUCUUUGUUGGCAUCCUGGUCCAGCAAAUAGCAGAUCUGAUCAUCAGGAAGACCCGGAGGAAUUCCAUUUUCCAGCAGGGUCUCUUCAGAAAUAAAGUCAUCUGGGUGGGGAUUGCCUCACAGAUCAUCAUUGGGCUGAUCCUGUCCUAUGGUCUUGGAAGUGUCACAGCGCUGAAUUUUACCAUGCUCAGGGCUCAGUACUGGUUUGUGGCUGUGCCGCAUGCCAUCCUGAUCUGGGUGUAUGAUGAGGUGCGGAAACUCUUCAUCAGGCUCUAUCCUGGAAGCUGGUGGGAUAAGAACAUGUAUUAUUAAGACCACCUCGCUUCCCAAGUCUCCCAGCAGCACAUUGGGGUGUGCCUGUUCAUCUUCUGACCAUUCGCUGGGAGAUUCCCCUGCAGUGCAGACAUCGUCAAACUCAUACAAGAGGAAAUUUUCAUGCAGAAAACUGUAUGCAGGAUACUCACUGACGUUUUGUACUUUAAAACUGAAAUUCAACUCUUGAUAUAUGAUUUUCACUUCUGUCUCCAUCUCCUCAUUUAAAAAUAUGUACAUUUCAAGGUAAUGGCAUAGGGAAGAAUGUGUUUAUAUGUAUAUGAAGCUCCUUGAUGUUGAUAGUCUUAUGUAACCCAGAUCUUCUGGGAUCUGCCUUAAGAUCUAGCUAGGAUUGCUCAGAACUUCUUUACACACCCUACUAAAGGCUCAGUGACCACCCUAAGAUUUCUGCAACUCCCUUGAAAAGGUAUGUUUUCAUGGUCUCCUUGCUCAAAAAAGGCUAACUCAGCCAAGGGUCUGAAGUGGUAGCAGGUUCACAUCACAUCACAGCAGCACGCAUGACCUCAGCUUUGAUUCUUUUGACUCUGAGACGUCCUUCUUGAAGACCUCUGCCAUCUGGCCAUGAUAGUUUCCCUGGCCACGUCACCCCAUCCCACCUCUGGUCACCUCCCCAGCCCUUUAUGCCCCUGUCACCCUCCACCCCUAUGUCAGCUCCUCCAAAACUGAGCUCCCAGUUCAUUUUGCAUAUCCUAAUUCAAAAAUGCUCAGCUAAUCCAAGGGGGCUUUCUUCCCCAGGAUUCAACCCCAGUAGAGAGCUAUUGUAGUUUCAUUAGUAAUAUUUAUUUCUUGUAAAACAGUUGCCAGGUGCUCUCCAGCAAUAGUAUUUUGUCAGUCAUGUUUCAUGUUUUAACUUAGGUGCAUUCAUGUGUGACACACCCAUAUUGACAGGCCUGGAAAGGCCUCAUUUUUAAGUAAAAGAUGUUUUAUAAACCCA